GAUGUCACAGCGGCUGCCAAACGGUCUGUCAAACAAGUCUAAAGUUGGAGGACGGGAGAGGAGGAUGAAUUCAGUGAUGAGAAUACGGCAGCUGGAAGAAACGCGCGGUGUGUGUGGAGCCUCUAUUGCAGAAUGAUGACCGGACGUUGUAUUUUUGGCGGAUAUCAGGCAGCAGCGGCGGCAGCGGGGAGGCUGCUGUGAGGCGGAGGAGCGGGCUAACUGUCCCUCUAGCUGCUGCUAGCCAGUUAGCGAGCGAGUUAGCAUUAAGCGGUCUGCUACUGUUAGCAUUGAGUGUCUGCUUUGAAACGUUGGCCAGCUCCCUCCGAGUUUGACUGCAGGCCAGAAGAUCCAGAAGAGUCUGGUUCUCCUGAAGAGGACAUCAUGGACUACAAGGACAAAGUACAGAUGAGGCAUAACCCUCGCAGACAGCUGAAGAAGCUGAGCGAGGACAGUCUCACCAAGCAGCCAGAGGAAGUCUUUGAUGUCCUGGAGAAGCUGGGUGAAGGGUCUUACGGCUGCGUAUUUAAAGCUCAUUAUAAAGAAACAGGGGAGAUCGUAGCCAUCAAACAAGUUCCUGUGGAGUCUGAUCUGCAAGAGAUCAUCAAGGAGAUCUCCAUCAUGCAGCAGUGUAACAGUCCCCACGUGGUGCGCUACUACGGCAGCUACUUCAAAAACACAGACCUGUGGAUCGUCAUGGAAUAUUGUGGCGCUGGGUCCGUAUCUGAUAUCAUCCGAAUACGUAACAAGACGCUCAAAGAAGAGGAGAUAGCCACCAUCCUUCAGUCCACUCUGAAGGGUCUGGAGUAUCUUCACUUCAUGAGGAAGAUCCACAGAGACAUCAAAGCAGGCAACAUCCUCCUGAACACGGAGGGUCAGGCCAAACUGGCCGACUUUGGAGUUGCUGGACAGCUCACAGACACGAUGGCGAAACGAAACACUGUCAUCGGCACGCCGUUCUGGAUGGCUCCAGAAGUCAUACAGGAGAUCGGAUAUAACUGUGUGGCAGAUAUCUGGUCUCUGGGAAUUACAGCUAUAGAAAUGGCUGAGGGCAAGCCACCCUACGCGGACAUACACCCAAUGAGGGCCAUCUUCAUGAUUCCCACAAACCCUCCCCCAACCUUUCGGAACCCGGAUCUGUGGUCUCCGGGCAUCCGGGACUUUGUCAGCCAGUGUUUAGUGAAGAACCCAGAAAACAGAGCUACGGCCACACAGCUGUUACAGCAUCCGUUUAUUAAGUCGGCCAAGCCCAAUUCCAUCCUCAGAGCUUUGAUCACAGACGCCAUGGAGAUCAAACUGAAGAGACAGGAGGAAGAACAAAGAGAGCAGGAUGCAGACGACGAUGAGAAUUCGGAUGAAGAUGAGGUUGACCAGGGGACGAUGGUUCGGGCAGGCACGGGUGACUCAGGAACCAUCCGGGCUGCCGGUUCUUUAGGAAGUUCUCUUGGAAGCACCGCAGGAACAAUGAUUGAACACGAUGACACGGGAACCUUACAGUCACAGCUGGGCACCAUGGUCAUCAACUCUAAUGAUGACGAGGACGAUUAUGAUGACGAAGAUGCUGGCACUAUGAAAAGGCGAGAUGAGACCAUGCAGCCUGUCAAGCCUGUCAAGCCGUCCUUCCUGGAGUACUUCGAGCAGAAGGAGAAGGAGGCGAACAUUCAUAAUGACGGAGGAGGAAAAGGACAAAACAACGCCGAUAACCGCAAACUGCCCGGAGAAGGAGAUCUUGAAGUGGUAAGCACGUGGUCGGUGGAGGAGCUGCGGCUGAAGCUCUCCUCUCUGGACCCUCAGAUGGAGCAGGAGAUCGAGGAGAUCCGCCAGCGCUACCAGGCCAAGAGGCAGCCCAUCCUCGACGCCAUCGAGGCCAAAAAACGAAGGCAGCCGAACUUCUGAGAAGUUCUGGAGGAUUUCUCUCACGUUUUCUGCAGCAGUUUGGAGGAACGUCACCGAGGCUGCUGGAGUUUCCACGUGAUGUGACGUUUGGGGAGCGAGGAUUAUCGCGUUGGACGUCUGCCUGCUGAGUUUUUGGACCUUUGUCUAAGAAAAACUGUAGAAAAGCUGUUCAGCUGAAUAUCAUUGACAUUUAUUUUGUCUGCUUGAGAAGCAUGAUCCUUCUGUUUGUGGCAUUUGUUUUCAUUUCAGUAUCAUCAGCAGCAGUUUUGGACUCGAGUUUCUUUCUGCUUAUUUCAAGCUUGCACACAGUUGUUUUAAGCAUACGGUGAACAUACUUGGAGACCGUCAGGUCCUGUCUGUAAUCAUGUGGUACAUCAUCAUUUGAACUGCUGACUGUUAAACUUCGGUACUCGUCUAUUACUUAAGUUCUUGCCAUCAUUGUUGGUGAAGCUGCUGAGCUUUUCUAGGUUUCUGCGUCAGACAGCGAGGUGUUUUAUAGAACAGGAUGAAUCCUCAUUCUUGAAAAAUGCACACAAGUUUAACAUGGACAGUGGAUAAAACUGGGUUCUGCCGGCAAGUCUGCUUUUCCAAAGAUCUCUAAAAGACAACAAAUCACUGAAUUUGAAUUCAUAGCUAAAAGCAGAGGAGAUAACGGUUCAGUUUUUCUCCUCUUCCACUCGACUGGUCAUCUGAGAGAUGUUGCACAUAUUCUGUGUUUCCACACAGUUUGCUCUGAACUCCAAAGCUAAGCUUUCUUUCGAAGCUGCUUGAGAAAACUCUCUAAAUUGGUACAUGUCCCUGCGUUUCUGUUUUCUACAUUUCAUAACUUCACAGCCUUUGGUGUUACAUUGAAGUCCUACUCAUUAUAUCGGACUUUGUGUUUGUGCCUCGCGACCAAACUGUUACUAGAUCUUUUCUUUUGUCUUUGAUCUUCUGUCGGCUGAAGCACAUUUCUCUCACUUCCUGCAGCUGCAGCAUGAAGCCAGCCUGCAGAAUUACUUCAGUAAAGAAGACAGAAAAAUGGGAUCAGUUAGUGCAGAGUGUGGUUCGUGAACCAGACGUAUUCUUUGCUUUGUAGAGCACAUCAUUUCACUUUUUUCCAGUUUUAUAUUUAGAUGCAAAGUAAUGUUUCACUUUUAUAAGAUUAUGCGAUCGUCAUCUCAGCUCUUGGGCCAGUUAAUGAGGAGUGUUUACAGUUCACAGAUGAUGAUUCUGCUCUCUGAUUGGUUUGUUCGGUUGGGUUUCGGUUAUCUGUCGGCUCGUGGGUCAGAAGAUGAAUCUGACAGGUUGAGAUGAUCAAAAAGAAAAGAAAAAAGAAAUCUGGCUACAUAAAAUUACAAGUCUGUAGUACUAUGUCAAUAUUUAGUAAAUGUUUCUAACACACUGUAAAUUAGGAGUUAAAAGACAUUUUCAAGUGUUUCCAGUUUGUGUCGACAUUCAUAACUCCUGUGAAGACACUCUGCAGUUUUACAGUAUGUCAUCAGUAUCCUGUCAUUACAGCACAGGAGGAGUUAUUGUUGUCGACAUGCAGACUAAAUGAAGUGCCCUUUUUAUUUUUUUAUACUUUUCCUUUGAGUGGGCCUCAGAGUGUAACACGGGGCACAGUGGCCGCCUGGCAGCUUGUUUGGCUCGUCCUCAGAUGAACUUCGCUCACUGUUCUCGUUAAACUGAAGCAAAACUGUUCUUGUUGUACAGAAACUCAGACACAUUUUCCUGAGUGAAGUGGAGUGUGUGGAGCUAGGGGGCUAAAAUUAUUGAGCUCUACACAGAAAAUCCCUCAUUUUACUUUUUUGUUUGUUUGUUUUUUGAUAAAAUAAAAUUACACUCAGGCCAUUGAAUUUUUCUUACAGUGAAGCAGAUUUUUUUUUUUUUCUUUCAAGUUAAAAUGUUCGCAUUGUGCUAAAGCGUGCUGAUUGGUCAGUUAAGAAUUUGAAACAGGGCAGCCCCCUCGACUGUGCCCGUUUCCAGAGCAGUGUGGGUAAACCACAGCACAAACAGAAGCAGCCAGCUGUGAUUGGAGAUGACGGUAUCUAAAAAUCUCUCCUGCUCGCUUCAUGACUGAAAUCAAAGCUGCUGAGACUCGUGGUGCACGCUCCUGUGACGUCUCUAAUACUUACAAAAAGGUAUUUUACUUCAACUGAACUUGUUUAAAAAAUAUUUAGAGAGAAAGUAGAAUUAUAUACACUCUCCUGCCCUUCUGUCAAAAAUGUUGACCCUGCAAAUUUUACAUUUUUGGCUGCAGCUCAAUGAAGUCUCAUUCAUUUUGGAUCGUCUCAGCAUGACUCCCUACAAAGAGAGGGAGGUCUCCAUAAAUUAGACGUUCUCUGACAGUGCCUUAUUCUCGAUUAGCCAAGUGACCAAUCACAGCAGAGACAGGUGACUAAUCACAGCAGGGCCAGAGGUUCUGUAUCAGUGAAGCCUGUGAGGAAAAUCAUGCAUUCUUUAACAUUAAACAUGCAAACGUAGUCUGCUGCAAAAUAAAACGAUGAAACUGUAAAUGAGCAUAUCGUGGGCACUUGUAACAUUACAGUGUGUUAGAAACCAUUAAUGUCUCCUUAUAAAUGUUUGGCAUGUGGACGAUAGAAGAGAAGAUCUAAUCUUUCUUUUAUCAGUUUACUUGGUAACUCUUCCAUAUCUCCAAAAAGUCAUUUUUUGAAAGCACAGAUGACAGUUUGUAAGUAAAACAUGAAGUUUGGGAUCCUAAAACUUCUGAAUUUUGAUGUUCUGAUUGUUGAUUGCACCAAAAUGUGAAAUAUGAGCACAUUUGCCUUUUUGUUUAACCACCAGUGCCCCUCUUAUUGUUUGGAUUUUCAUUUCAGAUCCAGUAUUUUUCUUUAUCUCUCCUAAAAUAAGCUCUAAAAAAAACCAGACCUGGUUUGACAGAUUUAUGGAGCAGAUUCAACAAAGCUUUUAUCCCCCCGGGUUUGAUCUGGCACAGCGGACUCGACGAGGCCGCUCCUGAAAAAGUGCCAAGAAGACUUAACUUCUGACAUUCCUUUAGGAGGUCCAGCACAAGAGAAAAUAAGGGACGGUUUAUAUUUUUAUACGUAGGUUUAGCAGUGACACAGUCAGUCGGCGAGGUGACGGUUUGUGUGUGUCCGGAUGAAAAUGAGCUUCUCAGGUCAUAAAAACUCCUCAGGGGUGUGAAAUAAUGGCAGAACCAAUUAGAAAACGCUGUAGAUGGUUCAAAGUUCCUUCAUACACGGUCACGUCUGUAUAUAUGAGCAACACUCAGCUGCAUGUGUAUAUUUUGAUUCAUUCGAGCUGAAAAGUUCAGUGUCAAAAACAGGACUUUAGAAAAAAUGUGAGAACGGCUGCUUUCAGAGGGAAAAACCUUCAGCUGGAUUUCAUCACAAAAUGCUGUAUUUAACGGAUGGUUCAAAUCCACAAUGUGCACAUUUUCCUGUGGCCUGUGGUGCUCUUUAUCCACCAACCAUAUUUUAGUUACAGGGCCAGUUUCCUUUCAGUCCGGUGGAACUAAAUGAAACUCUAUUUGCUGUUUCCUCCCAAAAUCAGUCGGUCCACAACGUUACAGCAGAAAUAAACAUGUUAACAGCCUGCUGCAGAAAUGUUUCUGCCCUCUGUGGAUGUUUUCAUCCUUCAUAAGAACUGUACAGUGGGUAAAUUUUUCCUUUAUGUUAGUUUAGAUUUUAUUGUGGCUUGAAAUUCGAAUUGUCCAACUUGGGAAGCUGUAGCUGUUGUUUGUCUACAGCUCAGAUAAUUUGGACCAUUUCUCUGUGUUCACACUGUUUUUUGAGCUUUUUUGUGAUGCAAAUCAUCCAUCAGGUCUGUGCUGUGGUUACAGUCAUUGACAUUCUCGUAUUUUAUCAGCCUGGUACUUUGCAGUAAUAAGCAACUGUAGGCAUGUCUGAGACCAAACUGAUAAAGGUGGAUGAAUAUCAGUGCAGGCCGGAGGAAGAACCUGUGAAUUUGUUUGAACUGCCCCUUUAAGCUGGUUGGUGUCUCCUGUGUUUCUCUGUAAGAUAAUGACUCAUGAGCACAAUUCAUUUCCUGCUGUGUUACAGGCAAAGCUUUUUCUGCCUUAUCUUUCCAACUGUGGAUGCAUGGAUGCACUGUGGGGCUUUUCAGAAUAUAAAAACUGGUUUUGAUCCCUUGACUUUCAGAAAAAGGGGACACAUAUUUAAAAUAAUGGUGCCUGAUUGUUGUUGAAUUAUUUGCAUGAGCUGCUUGUUGCUGCCUGAAAUUAAGUCGAAGUCACUGGAGACCAGAGAACCUCUUUUUUUUUUUUUAUGUAACAGAGACACUUUUAAAUGCUUCCUUUGAUUUUCCAACCUUUGACUGAUUCUUCAUAAACUGCUGAAUAUGGAAACCACAACAAACAUCAGAAAGCAUUUGCAAGUUUAUUUUUGGUCCUAAUUUUUCAAUUUCAAAACAGUCACAGCCAAACUUCUUCAACCUUGAGACUGUUAAAUUUUUACUUUGAUUUAAUAUAAUUUACAUGCUUGAGUUUAAAAAAAAAACUGAGCAGCAUUUCAGUAUACAGCAUGUCAGUUUAUUCAAUGAGUGAUUCAUGGAUAAAUCCAUACACUCAAAAUUAGGCUCUCGUUAAUCUCUACAUUUUUUUUGUGAACAUUUCUUUCUUUAACUUUUUGUCGUUUACACUGUUUCGUGCUGGUUUUAUAUAACUAGCUGUUUAAUUUCACCUCAAUAUUCAAGCACAAACAUUUUAUUGGUCAAAUAAAGACCAGAAUUGGAUUCCUUAGGAAACUGUAAAAGUGCCUGGAAAAAGUGAACAAACGAAUAAAGCAAAGAAAACCAGAGAAAAACGUCAAAUAUCGCUUUAGUUCAGCAGCUCCAGAUUAGACUUUUUAUUUUAGAAGUUAAUCUAAGUGAAAAUCUUUCUGACUUUUGAGAAUUCAGAAGUUCUUUCUUCCGUCUUGUGUCUCUGCCUUUUGUAUAAAUCUGUUUGAGCAUGUCAGGAUCUGAGUUUGCUUCCUGUUAGCGUCUGCCUUAAAGUCGGAGCUUGUGUUUGAGAUCACUGGUGUUUGGUUGGUUUGUCUGCUUUGUGGGUUUUUUGUUGUUUGCUUGU